GCACGAAUUUGAAGAUAGAUGGCGGCGAAUAGGCGGGAAAGCUCGUGCGAAACUGCGAAGUUGGCGUUGGUUUGGUUAGCGUGCGGUUGAAUCGACUGUAAGGAUGCACGCUUUCCUGAAAACUGGAAAACUGGGCGCUCCGGUGGAAGUAAAGAAACCUUCGACUUCGCGAGCCAAAGACAAUAGAAAGGAUUUGACACCAUGGGUAGAGAAAUACCGACCGCGAAAUGUCGACGAUAUUGUAGAGCAAACUGAUGUGGUGAAAGUGAUACGACAGGCCAUGGAACAUGGGGAUUUUCCCAACAUGCUGUUCUAUGGGCCGCCAGGUACCGGCAAGACCAGCAUCAUCCACGCGGCUGCGAGGCAGAUGUUUGGCAGCAUGUACAGAGACAGAAUACUGGAAUUGAAUGCCUCUGAUGAUAGGGGUAUCCAGGUUGUAAGAGAAAAGAUCAAAUCCUUUGCGCUACGUAGAGCUAAUCCCAAUGGACCAGAUGGAAAAAAAUGUCCACCGUUUAAGAUCAUCAUAUUAGACGAGGCGGACAGCAUGACCAAUGCCGCGCAAACGGCGCUUCGUCGAAUUAUGGAGAAGGAGUCGCACAGCACGCGCUUCUGUUUGGUAUGCAAUUAUCUGUCGCGAAUUAUCAAGCCGAUAGCAUCGCGCUGCACCAAGUUCCGAUUCAAGCCGCUGAGCGAUGAGAAGAGUAUCGCUAGACUCGAAUAUAUAUGUAACGAGGAAAAUCUGAAGGCCGAUAGGAACGUCUUGGAAAAAAUCGUUGAAGCGUCGGGUGGCGAUUUAAGACAGGCCGUCAUGUGUUUACAGUCGAUCACGCGAUUGAAGGGAAAAGAUUACGAGAUCACCGUGGAUGAUGCGCUCGACGUUAUUGGGUUAGUUCCCGAUGAUCAAAUUAAUACACUCUGGGAGGCUUGUAAGAAGGGGAAUUAUAAUAAUGUUCAAAAGUUACUUGAAAACUUGCUGUUGGAAGGAUACCCGGGUUCACAGGUAAUUGAACAAUUAAACGAGAAAAUUAUUUUCUCUGAUGAACUUACUGACAAACAAAAAGCGAUGAUCGGCGAUGUGCUUGGUGAAUGUGAUUAUAGAUUAACAGAAGGAAGCGAUGAAUUUUUGCAGCUUUUAAACGUGUUCUCUACUAUUUUAAUGGCAUGCAAAUUGUAAAAAAAAAAGUAAUUCCUCUAUAGAUUAUGAUGUAUUUAUAUUCGUAGAUUUAUGUUAUGUAUAAUAAAGAUUUUAUAUAUUUUUAUAUGUUGUGUGAUUCAUUUACCUAUGAUAUAGUCCUGUUUUAUAUCAAUGGUCCAUAUUUAGUUAAAGGUACCACCACGAUUUGUUUCUGAAUCUAGGGAGAUAUACAUAUAUUCCUAAAUAAACUAGACACCCCAGCGCUAAAGUUACUAAAAAUAUUUAAGAACUACAACUCCAUGGCCUCCAAUUUCACCGGAUACGCAUCUAAAAUAACCCCACACUUCGUUCAGCAUUCAAAUCUCCAGUCUCAGAUAACAAAACCGCUACCGCGAGCAAUCAAACCGCCAAAUAAUCGCAACGAGCACCGAGAAAACUGUCGGCGCAUUCGAAGAGAGACAACAUCGAUCGUACAAGUAAAAGUCGUGCCGGCGUCGCCGACGGAAACGUGGCUCUCAUCGCGGCCGGCGCCGCCGCCGACGGACGCCGCGCGCUGAGCGCCACUGGCGCUCUCGGCGUGUAGGGGCGUCGUUGCUACUGCGUGCAAUGUGUAUCGUGUAGGCGUUGGCGAGGAAGGAGGUGAGAGCCGCGAGACCGCUGCCGCUCGCUCGCUCUCUCAGGGAGAGGAGACGUGUCGUGUUCGCGCGAGGCGAAGAGAAGGACGAACGCGCCGGAGACGUGCGCGCCCGCGUUCUACAGCAGCACCACCAGCAGCAGCCGGUGGGGACUCGUCGUCCCCCCGCGGUGUGGAGAUUUUCACGUGCCGUGCUGUGCCGUGCCGUGCCGUGCCGUGGAAUCAAAGGAAUCGUCGUCGUCGUCCCGUCGAGCACGCUCGGCUCCCCCUUUCCCGCACCGAGGGAAAACGAAGGCUCUAACGCCCCUCCCCCCCUUCCUUUCCCCCCUUUUCCGCCCUCUCUCGCCGUCGUACCUCCGGUGUGCCUCUGGAGCGCCUCUCGUCUCGGGCGCUCCGUCGACACGACGAGCCACGUCUCCACGUUCCACGACGACGACGUCGUAACGUGGCGUCGGUGUCCCCCCUCCUCCCCUACCCCCGCGCGGUGCUCAUCAUUGUUAUUCUCCGCGAGUGGUGGAAGGUUCGGGUGGAAGGUCGCCGCCGACGCCUCCUGCCCUUCUCCCCCCCUGCCCCCCUUCCAGCCGCCGUGCGUGCGUGCGAACGGCGUCCCCGUGGUAGUAGUGUGUCGCGUUGUCGUGAAAGAAGAAAGGGGAACGCGGACGGGAAGGAAGGAAGGAAGGAACGUACGAACGAACGAACGAACUGAACGGGGGGGCGUGAACGACGCCCGCCGCCGACGCCGCCGUCGCCGCAGCAUCGUCGUCGGUGCGGAGCAACGACAACGUUUGAACGACGACGACGACCGGAGCGGCACGUCGUCGCUCUCCUCGAGAGAUACAGACAGAGGGAUAUCUCCUUCUCCCUCGCUGGCGUAGAGGUCGUGACUUCCGGAGAGAAAGGAGAGAAAGAGAGAGAGAAAAAGAGAGAGAGAGAGAGAGAGGGGGGGGAUUGCUACUCGCGAAAGCGGAGCGCCGCGAGAAAGGCGUGCUGACCGCGUUCCUCGAGAAGCCAGCAAGCAGGACCAGCAGCAGCAAAAGGAGGAGGAGGAAGAGGAGGACGGUUGUCCGUGUGAGAGCAGCCCCUCGUGACACUUCCUGACGUUCCUCGGAGAGCUCGUCAGUCUCGCGACGGUCGCGUCGCUCUAUUGUCGCUUCCACUUCGCCUCCGGACAGAACAAAAAAAAAAAAAAAAA